AUGCCACCAAUAUCGAAACGUAACCAAAAUAACCAAUCCAGUCAACAUAUAGAUUCAUCAAAUGUUGAAAUAUCAUCACAAGAUGAACAAGAAAAUGGAAAAGAUUGUCCAUUAUCAGAAAGUUCGUUUAAACGAAUUUUAGAUGAUCGCUUCAAAUUACAAGGUUCUGAACUGAAGGACCUAGUAGUCAAAUACCACAAAAUAACUCAAGAUGAUCUCAAAGAAAUAAAAACCAGCCAAGAAUUUAUUAAUGCUAA